UCAUUAUUGGCAGCCUCACAGUGUCAAAGUCAACAUUUCAUACAUCUUUGUGAGACACUUAUUUAUUCCCCGUUUUUGCCAAAACUCUGCAAAAAUGCACGUGAAUCUUCUUCCAGUUACUCUCUGCCUCCUUGGGACAGUGGUCUUGUGUGGAGCCCAGAAAACCGCCGGGACUGAACUGCCACUAAAUAUCACCACAACCGCAGAAGGACCCAAUGCCACUGUGACCCCAGUUCAAGUCACCACUCCUGAGAACUCAACUGACUACACCACCCAGAACUCCACGAACCCCUCCAACUCAACAGAACUACCAGGAACCUCUGUCGUCCCCCCCACUACAGCAACUAAAACAACUACAGGAUCUUCCGACGUGACCAUCACAACACCUAGAGUGGGCGACCCGUCAGGACUGUCGGAUGGCGCCAUAGCUGGCAUUGUUAUUGGAUCGAUCGCUGGAGUGGGUGGUGUCGGUGCUGGUAUUUUUGGCUUUUACAAGUACAAAAUGAAGAACUGAGACCAGUUUUGACUAAUAUGGACUAAGAUGGCACUAUCAACUGAAAACCCAAAAGAAGUCCUGAGUGGGGAUCAGAAAACCUCUGCUAGCUUGACUGACUUAUAAAAAACAAACUAGUAGCCUAUAGGAAAACAUGAUAGUCCAUUUCACUGCUUUGCAAUUUUAUUGUCUGGCUUUACAUCUGAAAUAAUUAAUAAUAUAAUAAAAAAUGAUGGGAUGUAAAAUUAUUUUAUCAAUAUUAUUUUUAUAUAUAUAUAUAUUUUGAUAAAUAAAUGUAUUUAAAGGGAAAAAAUGUAUGAAUAAAGAUAAAUUACAUGAGUGUUUGGUUUUAAGUAAUUAUUGUAUCCUCAUCUGAUGUCACUGGAUUUUAACAUUGUAACUUUGUAUCAGUUUAAUAAUAAUACACAAGAUUCAUGGUGUUUAUUUUUUAUGAUGGCAGGCUAUGAUAUGUGUGUUUGAUGCAUGUGGAGCUCCGGUGUGUUUUUGGGACUCAU